ACCCAGUCACUGGACCGAGCCCCAUACAGUUCUCUUUUUUUUUUGGACGGGACCGAUACACUCCAGUUACUAGCUCUGGUGAUGGCAGAGGAGAAACAGGAUGCCACCCAGCCGGCGGCAAAGGCCCCGGCGGAGAUCAAUGACGCGCCGCCAGAUGUCGAGUCCCAAAUCAGGACUGCUAUGCGGUCUCGCGUCGACUUCUUCAAAGAUCAAGCAGAUUCUCUGACAUUUGAGGGAGUAAGGAGGGUUUUGGAAGAGGACUUGGGUCUGGAGAAAUUUGCCUUGGAUGUGCAUAAGAGAUUUGUGAAGCAAUUGCUGCUGGAGGUAGGCCGCUCUCUUCCCUUUAGGUUAAGAAACUUUUCCUAUUGCCUGGGGAAUUUUGCGUGAUGGAUUUGAAGCUCUUGCGUUUGUCCCCGACUUUGUCUUCUGUUUUGCAACAUCACUGCUCAGACUGUUCGUUUUGACUGCCUGCAGCACCACUUGAUUCCAAUUUCUAUUUGGAUAUUUGAAAAUUAUAUAUAUUGUUAUUUACUGUGCACUAGUAAUUUUUGUCUCGCCACUGCUUGAUUGGCAUAGCUUGAUUUAUCUGUAUCAUUCUUAUAUUAAAGUGUGAUUUGGUUCAACAACAAACCAAACCUUCAGUUCAGUUGCUUCUAUUAAUAGUUUUCUGGUUCAGUGCAUGCAGGGCGCUACAGAUGGGAGUGGCCAGCAGGAUUCAACAGAAAUGGUUGCAAAAGCCGCAUGUUCAAUUGAAGAAGAAGCAUCAGAAAUACCUGGAGGUGAUGUAUCAAAAAUUGACUCAAAGAAUCAUGACAGUGAGGAGGAGAAAAUGGAAGAUUCCCCUGUAAUGGGACUUCUGACUGGACAUAAGAAAUCUAAAACGGAAAGUAUUAGAACCAAAGAUAUUGAGAAGAAAGUGCCAAGUGAGAGCAUCAUAAAAAAGGCCAUUUUGAAGAGGGCUUCAUAUAUUGGAGCUAACUCUGAAAGCAUUACAAUGGCUGGACUGCGUCGACUUCUAGAGGAAGAUCUUAAACUUGAUAAUGGUGCACUUGAUCCGUUCAAGAAGUUUAUAAGCACUCAGUUAGAUGAGGUAUUACAGUCUCCUGAAAUCUAUGCUUCAAAGAAGAAAACUGUGAUGAAUAAAUCUCAGGAUAGAAGUGCUAAAAGAGUGAGCAGUGAUGUGAGAUCAGAUUCAUCAGGCAAGGAUGAUGAUGAAGCAACACAUAAACGUAAGGUUGCUUCAAAAGAGAAGACAGUGAACAGUGAGGGACCAAAAAAACGAAAAAGGUCUGGGAAGGAAUCCAAGGCAUCUGCUAAGAAGCAAAGCAAGCCUUCAAAAGCUCCAUCACAUGACAACAGCGAAUCAGCAGAUGAAGAAAAUGCAUCUGACAAUGGUGAUUCUCAGUCAUCGCAAGAAAAACCAGUGAAGAAAAGGGAAGCUUCUACUCCUGCCCCGACAUAUGGAAAGCGUGUGGAGCAUCUCAAAUCUGUUAUAAAAUCUUGUGGGAUGAGUAUUCCGCCAGUUAUAUAUAAGAAGGUGAAGCAGGUGCCUGAAAAUAAACGCGAGGCAGAGCUAAUAAAAGAGCUGGAGGCUAUACUUUCUAGAGAAGACUUGUCAUCAAAUCCUUCUGAAAAAGAAAUAAAAGAAGUUAGGAGGAGAAAGGAGAGAGCCAAAGAACUUGAGGGCAUUGACAUGAGCAACAUUGUGUCCAGUUCACGGAGGAGGUCAACAAGCAGUUAUGCCCCUCCUCCUAAGCCACCCAAAGUACCUAUAGAAAGUGAGAGCGACAGUGACGAAGCAGAGGACAAGGAUGAUGAAGAAGAUGAUGAAAAUAACGAGGAUGAAGACGUGGACAACGAUGUUGAUGAAGAAAGCCAGAGCGGCGAGGAACUCGACGACGAUGGUAAGUAACCAAACAACCCCUUGGUCUAAGAUAACUGUCAUAGGAGUCGAGAUUCGAGAAAAGGGGACUUAAUCAUGCUAAUUAUAAUUCUUGGGUAUUCAUUCUCUGAGCCCUUGGUUAAAUUGAAUGCCAUACGAAUCACUUAUGUUCUGAUGGCAUUCAGCUACAUGUUCAGAUCACCACUUUGAUAGCGUGAUGUGUUUCUGAUGCAGAGUAAUUGGGGGCGCCAGAGAAUGAUUUCGCUAAAGGGCCAGAAAAUGAAAUCACUGUCGGAUCAACUGAAACUAGAGAUACGUAUCAUCUUUUGUUAGUUGCUUAUAUCUCUUGUUACCAUUUCACCUUACCUCUCCCGGUUGGUUCUCUCUUAUGGUUGCUUAGAAAUAGGUUAUUAGUAAGGAAGGAUAGUUGGUAUCUAAUGGUCAGUGAAUCGGUAUGAGCAGAGAACUUGGUCGCAGCUUGACUGUCUGACUAGGGAUGUCAAUAUGUUAUGGUGUAGUUGAUUGGAUAAAUGGUUCAGUUACGAGGUGGAGCCCUGUUCUCUCUUUGUCUACUGAAGCAGUCUAGCUCUUCUGUUAUGGAUUGGGGGCAUGGGUUAGAUUUCAGAAGAGCAGUUUAGGUGU